CCGAACCCAUUUUUCUGUAUUCGGUCAGCGGCCAUAUUGAAUUUUUUAAUGAAGAAGUACACAACAAGUAUUCUCGUUGUCAUUCACUUUAGUUUCUCUGCUAGCAUUGUACGUUCGGUGUGCCUUUAAAAAGGAAUUAAGACUUGAAAAAAAAAGAAAUAAAACGGUUUUAACGAUUUCAAGCAAGAAAUCAAAAUUAUUUGUUGUCAAACAUUGGAAAAUUUGAGAAAAGCAUUUUCCACCCGAAAAUUUGGGAACUUUACUUCAAUAAUAAUCAUAACCUAAAAGAACUGAAAACAAAUAAGGGUAAUAAAAGAGUAUCUAAAAACUGCCUUUUUGUGUGACAUCAGAAGAAAAUUAUAAACAUCUUUGCAAUAGUAUUGUUUCGUUUAUUUUGCAAGAAAAAACACAAACUACCAUUCGUGUGUGAAUUUAUUUUUAAGUUUCCUUUUUCUAUAGUUGUCUCAUUUUUCUAGUAUUUAGUUCAAAUUCAAAAUUGUUCCUUCAAAUAGUGGUAAUAUAUCAUACAAAAAUAUUGUGUGGCAGUGUAUCGAAUUGAAAAGAAAAUAAGUAUUGUUCGUACCCUUCGAGUUAAGUGUUUUUUUAAUUGUCCUCAACACUUUGAUUUAAGAUAACUAACAAAUAACGAUAACAUAAAUUCAGGAACCAGAAAUAGUUGAUUUGCGUAUCUUUAAUAAAUCAAAGAGAAAAUGACAGAUUCAAUGAAGUUUGGACCAGAAUGGCUACGUAAUAUGGCAACUGAUAUGACAAGCAAUCAAGGUGGUUCUGGAGGUGGUAGUGGAGUUGGUGGUGGAAGUAGUUCAUCAACUUCAUCAUCAUCGUCAACAAAUUCAAACAAUAAUGGCACAAACAAUAGUUAUCAGUUUGGAGGACAGACGCACAAUCAGAACCAAUCGCAGCAGCAGCAACAACAACAAAACCAUCAACUGCAACAAGUUCGUGGAUUAUUUCCAGAAUUUCGAUAUGGGCGAGAGGAAAUGCUUUCCUUGUUCAACAAAAAUUGCUCCAUGCCAGAAAUUUUACCAUCGUUUAAAAAUUUGUUCAUCGAAAAGGUUCAAUAUCCGUUAGCUCUUACUCCAAGUACGGAAGAGGAGAUAUUUACUUCAGUUGCACCAACUCCAACGCAGCGUCCACAGUGGUUACAACGUAGUCCAGUCGCAUUUAAUGUUGCAACGCGAGGUACUGGACGCGGUGGAUCUGUAGAUCGAGGACGUAUGCGAGGAAAAUCAAUUUAUCAUCCCAUAUUUCCACGACCAACACCAAUGUUUGAAGAUGAAACUCGGAACCUAAAGCCUGAAAGAGGAUGGACCGAACGAAAUGGAAGCGCUGGUGAUGGAUCUUCAGUUGGUGUUCCGGAUUGGAGUAUUUCGCCGUCAUCAUCACCAAGAAAAGAUUUCUCCAGUCAUCCUACGAGAAAUCUUGAAAAUUGGCGUCGCAGUCGGCAUGAAGAAGAUGGCAGUGUGGGCUUGGGCGGCAACAGUGGAUCUAAUAUUAGUGGUAACGCUAAUAGUGGGCUUACAAGCGGAAGUAGCGCUGGUGCAGAUGGGUGGCGAGGGUCAGGCACGAACAAUUUUGGGAAUAAUCGUUGGGGCCGUUCAACAAGUUGGAGAGAUGAUGAUGGAGGAAGUGGUGUUGUUGAUGGUAAUGCUUAUAACAUACCACCAAUGCAAAGAUCCUAUUCGACAAUUGGAACAACCGAACGAACUUAUUUUUCGGGUCUGUCAAAAAGUUCUUCAUUAACAUCCGCAACUUGUGGAGGAGCGGGCGGUGGUAGCAAUCUUACUGCCGAUAGCUCUAAAGCAAAUAGCCGCCAUAACCAUCAAAGUUCUAACAUCAAUCAUCAAUGGGACACUGAGGAUAUGCUCCCCGAAUGGGCAAUGGAAAAUCCCACCGAUAGCGGAGGGACAUUUGAUGCCAGUGGAGCUUUUCAUGGUUCCGUAGAUGAGGAAGAUGAUAAACGUCGUCUACGUGGCGAGGGUGGUGGUCUAGGAAGUGGUUGCUCAUCGACUACUUCCAGUUCCUCCGAAUCCAAUCAAAAUAAAUCAAAUAGAAAUGAGCGAAAUAAAAAGGGUUCAGAUAAAAAACAAGUUCGUUUAGAGCAACAGCAACAUGUCGAUGGAGCCGAAAUUUCGAAUAAUAAAGAUUUCAAAGAACGCGAAAUCAUUGAACAACAACGAACAUUCAAUGAUGAUAAUCCAAACAACCAAUCUGUCGAAUUUCACUCUAAUAAGGAAAUUAAUUCAACUUCAAAUAUAUUGGAAAUUAGCAGUGGUGGAGGCGAAGAAAAUUUAUCUGAAACUCCAUCAUCACCGUCCCAACUUAUAACCCAAAAUACUUCCACACCAAACUCAACUGCGAACACUUCUUCAUUGCAACAAUCAUCGCAUAAGAUACCACUAACUGAGUUGUCCGAUCGAAUGCAGGAAGUUGCGGAUGAUAUGGUUGAAAAGUUGAUCAUGGACGACGACAACGAUUCGACUCAGUCAAAUGACCAAAAAGUUUUAAAAAGCUCGACGAAUAGUUCUACUGUUGCUCCAGCUGUGGUGAUGCCGCAGAACGUUACAGAGCUUUCUUCGGCACAAGUGGCACCAAAUGCUUCAAAAGUAGCUGCUACUAUGUAUAAAAAUCCACCCCAAAAAAUCAAACCGAUGUUCCUUCCCGUAGUUGAUCCAAUGCUACAACAGCACCAUUUAAAGCAGCAAGUAACUACAGCGUCGACAAUAAAUGUUCCCCCACCUGGAAAUCGACUGAUGCCACCACCCAUUACAAAACCCAACAACGAGCUGUGGUAUUAUCGUGAUCCACAAUCGAAAGUACAAGGACCGUUUACAGCGAUGGAGAUGAUUGAGUGGUAUCGGGCAGGAUACUUUGAUGAGAAUUUGUACGUGCGACGCAUGUGUGAUACCAGAUUCGCAGCACUCGGCGAUUUGAUCAAAGUUUGUGGUCAAAUGCCAUUCCAAUCAUCACAUUUGAUUCCACCAUUACAGUCAACGGAAAUGCCCUCUAUGACUAAUACUAUUCCAAUAAUGCCAAUCCCACCUCAUGAUCCCGCUGUGCAUCAUCAGAAUCAAAACGAGUCUGCUUCGAAUACCAACCUAGUCAAUAGCCCGAAUACCAGUGAUCUGAAAGGCAGUGUUACAGCAACUGCCGAUGCCCUUAGUUGUGCUGUUAAAAAUAUGAUUAAUCCCAUGGAUAUGUCACAAAUGUUAAAUGUCCAUUUUCAAAUGCUCCAAGAGCAGUAUAUUCGACAUCAGGAGAUGGUUGUGUUAGCUGAAUUCUCGACCAAAGAAUCAUUUAAUCGCCUUCCGCCCAACGAGAGAACUGGAAUUGUAAGACAGAAAGUUCAUAUGCUUGGAUUGCCAGAGCAUUUAACGAGUUUUACUGGACUAAGUAAUUCCCUGGCAUCUUUGAAUCCUACUGCCGGAAAUCAAUUGUAUGAUGUUAUUGCAGAAUGUUCAAAGAAGGAUUCUUACGGGAUUUCUCCACUUGAUGCGCAAUUGCAACAAUUCCAACAGCAACAUAUACAACACCAGCAGCAACAACAGCAGUUACAUCAGCAGCAAUUGCAAAAGCAGCAGCAACAAGCACAAACCUUCCAAGAGCAGGAUGAUUACCUUCAACAACAACAACAACACCAACAUCAACAACAACACCAACAACAGCAACAACAAACACAACAACAACACCAACAACAAAACCAACACCAACAACAAAACCAACAACAACACCAACAACAACACCAACAACAACACCAACAACAGCAUCAACAACAACACCACCCACAACAACAACACCACCAACAACAACAACACCACCACCCACAACAACACCAACAACAACAGCAACAAGAAAAACAACAAGAAAAACAACAGCAACAACACCAAGAUCAGCAAGAACAGCAUCAAGAACAACAACGACAAGAACAACAACAACGACAACAACAUCAACAAGAACAAGAGCAAGAACAACAACUACUACACCACCAAACACAACAAGAGCAGCAACAAACACAACAACAACAUUUACUACAGCUGCAACUACAACAGCAACAACAAAAACUACCACUCCAGCAACUACAACACCAAAAACAAAAACAGCACCAACAACAGCCGCAAUUUCAGAAUGUUUCCUACCACGGGGCUUAUACUCCAGUUGAUACAGCUGUAAACACAUCUCCUGGCGAAGAACAACUUAACGCCGAUAUCUUGAAUGAAUUGAAUUUACGCAUGAUGUUACGUCAAGGAAGCCUCCGAACCGUUGGCGGGAUUCAAGCUCCACUUCCUACACCAAAUGAUUUCGGGUCGGAAAUGCUCUCUCGUGGAGGUCCGCAAGUAAUGGCAGGUUCAGUCGUUAAUAUGGUUCCGCAAUGGCCUCAGCACAUGAUGCCACACGGUCAAAUUCCGCAGCAACCAAUUCAACUGCAGCAACAACAGUCGGCAGCACAGCGGCAAUUAAAACCAGUUGUCGCAAACCAGUGGCCUAUUAUGGCAAAUUCAGUAGCACCACCUCAACAUCAGCUCCAAGGUGCAGUAUUAGGUAAUAAGCAACCUGUUACAUUGUGGACUAAUGCUGAUCCUGGCAAUCAGCAACAACUCAUUUUACAGCAGCACCACUCUAAGGUUGAAAACAAUUUUGUGACAAUGCAGCCAAAACAGUCUUUGCAACAAUCCCUAACACAGCCACAGCCGCCACAACAAGAUGGAAACAGCAACAUAACCAUGGCAAACACCAAGGAUAGGCAAAUAUUAGUGGAAGAAAAUUCUAAUGCUAAUGUUGCUGUUACAGCGAUUUCUUCGACAGUACGGCAUAUGAUUGAUGAGAUUAAAGUAGAGAAUAUCAAAAAUAAUAAAAAUACCGAGAAGUUGAAGACAGCUCAUCAAGAGGACAUUCUUAAUAAUACUAAGCUGCAACAACAACCGCAACAACAACAACAGCACCACCAGCAACAACAACAUCAAUUACAACAACAACAACAGCACCAGCAACAACAGCAGCAAUCACCACAACAACAAGAACCACCACCACCUACACAACAACAACAACCACCACAACAACAAAAACAAAAACAGCAACAACAAAAACAACAUCUACCACAACAGCAACAUCAUCAUCAACAAGAACAACUAGCAUUAAUUGUAAGUGGUGGCAAUCAAGUAACUAGCCCCCAGAACAACAACAACAAACGCAAUAGUAAACAGCAAAAAUCAAACAGUGACAAAGUUAUUGAUUCUUCAAACAAAAAUAAGCAAUUGCAGGCCUCACAGGUAAUUGUCGUUACUGAUGAAGACCGACGACGCGAAGCUACCGAAGAGAAACGCAAACAAAAGGAAGAGAGAAAACGCCAACAGCAGGAAGAUGAGAAAAAGCGAUUACAGCUGGUAGAAGAGGAGAAACGCCGUCAAGUCACUGAAGAGAAAGAGCGCCAGAAGGAAAUUUACGCUCAUCGCCGUAAAGCAAUGCUUAGCAACUCUGGUAGUGGAUCGAACUCUAACAUAGCCGGUAACGGAAAGCAAACUGGAGUUUCAAGUAGCAGCACAAUGACAAAACAGGAACGAAUUCAAACAUCUGUAGCUCCAUGGUCGACUAACACCCAUGCCACAAAUGCUUCAGGCCCCGGGCCAAGCCUAGCUGAAAUUCAAAAGGCAGAACGACGAGAAAGACGUGCCGAUCAGCAGCGCUUAAUGGAGUUAAUGGACAAGCAAAUGCGUAUAGCCGCAUCAGCAGAAUCAUCAGACAACUUACUUACGUGGAAUGCAGCACCAGUUGCUGUUAAGUCACUUGCUGAAAUACAAGCAGAAGAAGCGAAACGUUUAGCUUCUGAUCAAGUUGCAAAUGCUGAGUUGCAACGUCGCAGGGAACAGGAACAGACCACUGCAACAGCUACUAAUAACGUUUCCUCUUCGAAUCCAUUUGCUAUGAUUUGGAGUUCUAAGGUUUGGGGUGCAAACAAUAGCACUUCAGGCUUCUGGGAAGAACCGGUUAAGUUUGCUACUACCACUACGGUACCAUCUACAGGGACUCCAGCUACUUCCGUUACUAUUGCUAAAAUUGUUGGUCAGAAUUCGUCAAGCAAACAAAACGUCCCCAAUACUUCUGCUUCUACAAAUACAUCAUCAGUACCGGCAAUUGGUGGUGGGCGAAAUCUUAGCAAAAGCCAAACUCUUUCAAGCGUGGUCAAUUCAUCAACUAAUUGGACAAAUGUAAGCAUUUCUAAUAAUUCGGGCGGCAAUAACAAUUCAAAGCAACAAAAUGUUUCGAUUAAGCUACAUGGUGGUAAUAUAAAUGCAAACGAUAAAGGCAAAACAAAGAGUUCUAGCAAAAUUAUUUCCGGAUCAGCUACCUCGUCCAGUAUACCGUCUUCUUCGUCACCAUCACAAUGUACUGUUUCAUCGUCCAAUGAUGCCAAUAAUCAUGUAAACAAGCACGAUGACCUUCGGAGUGAAUUCAAUGGAUGGUGUAUAAAGACGCUUAAUGCCAUGAAUACCAAAGUAGAUGUUCCAACUUUUGUCACUUUUCUUCAAGACUUGGAAUCACCUUUUGAAGUAAAGGAUUAUGUUCGAAUGUAUUUAGGUGAGAACAAAGAAUUUGCUGAAUUUGCUAAACAAUUUUUAGAACGAAGGAGCAAAUAUAAAAAUUUGCAGCGAGCACAAAAUGCACAUAUUGAUGACAUGUGUAAGCCAGCACCGGCAAUCAAUCCGUCCGGUAAUGACUCUUUUGAUAAUAAGGGAAAACAGAAAAAAAUAAAAAAAAGUAAAAUGACCAAACUGGAUGCUCGUAUUCUCGGAUUUUCAGUUACAGCCGCGGAAGGCCGAAUUAAUGUUGGAGAUCGUGAUUAUGGAGAUAAUCCCUAAACUAAAAAAUAAUAACAAAAAACUAAUAUAUAAUAUAUACAAAAAUUAAUAUUAUUGAAACCCUCAUACUCAAUGAUAAUUAUUAAAAACAAUGAAUAUGUAAAACAUGCAAAUAAAGAAAUUCCUCUUUAAGUUAAUUAAACAUUAAAUACAUACAAUAUAUUUAUAUGUAAAUAUAUAUAUACAUAUGUAUGUAUACGCUUCCAUCAAAAUAUGUAUAUCUAUACAUUAAAUGAUUGCAGCAACAUAAAACAAAAACUUUAUAAAUAAUGAAUCAAAUGAUUUUUUUAUUAUAAUUAUGAUUUAUUAAAUAUUACUAUUGUCCUCAUUAUUAUUGAAAUAAAAAUCGUUGAAUAAAGUAAAUAUAAUUGAAA